CGUUGCGCGGGGCGGGUCCGGCCGCGCACAAUGGGCCAUGGAGUUCCCUUUCGAUGUGGACGCGCUGCUCCCGGAGCGGAUCACGGUGCUGGACCAGCACCUGCGGCCCCCGGCCCGUCGACCCGGAACCACAACGCCGGCCCGUGUUGAUCUGCAGCAGCAAAUUAUGACCAUUAUAGAUGAACUGGGCAAGGCUUCUGCUAAGGCCCAGCAUCUUCCUGCUCCCAUCACCAGUGCGUCAAGGAUGCAGAGUAACCGCCACGUUAUGUAUAUACUCAAAGAUACUUCAGCUCGACCGGCUGGAAAAGGAGCCAUUGUUGGCUUCCUUAAAGUUGGCUAUAAAAAACUCUUUGUACUGGAUGAUCGUGAGGCUCACAAUGAGGUAGAACCACUUUGCAUCUUGGACUUUUACAUCCAUGAGUCACUUCAACGCCACGGCCAUGGACGAGAACUCUUCCAGCAUAUGUUGCAGAAGGAGCGAGUUGAACCACACCAGCUGGCUAUUGAUCGACCCUCACAGAAGCUGCUGAAAUUCCUGAACAAACACUACAACCUGGAGACCACAGUCCCACAGGUGAACAACUUUGUGAUCUUCGAAGGCUUCUUUGCCCAUCAGCACCGGCCCCCUGCUACCUCUCUGAGGGCAACUCGGCGCUCUCGUGCUGCUGCGGUCGACCCUGUGCCCGCGGCUCCAGCACGGAAACUGCCGCCCAAGAGAGCAGAGGGAGACAUAAAGCCAUACUCCUCUAGUGACCGAGAAUUUCUGAAGGUGGCUGUGGAACCACCUUGGCCCCUAAACAGGGCCCCUCGCCGUGCGACACCUCCAACCCACCCACCGCCCCGCUCCAGCAGCCUGGGAAACUCGCCAGAACGGGGUCCCCUCCGCCCCUUUGUGCCAGAGCAGGAGCUGCUGCGUUCCCUGCGCCUCUGCCCCCCCCACCCCACCGCCCGCCUUCUGCUCGCUACUGACCCGGGGGGCAGCCCAGCCCAGCGCCGCCGCACCAGCUCCCUUCCCCGCUCUGAUGAGAGUCGAUACUGACAGACAGCUCAUCCCACCCCCACCCUUACCCCCUCCCCACCCCGAGAGACCUGGCAGAGACCCCUCUCCCUGAGAACCCCCAACCUGAUCUCCCAUCACAGCCCCCAGGACCUAGGGGAACCUGACAGAGCCCAUGGCAUUCCCCCUUCCCUGUCUUGGACAACUGGGUUGUCAGGGUCCCAGCUGGCCUGAUACCUUCUAGCUUUUCACAGAAAGCACCCCUCCUCUCCUGACCUGGGCUCUAUACACUCUCCCACACACAGCCUGACCCGCCGCCAGCCUCUUCAUUGGGCGGCUCUACUAACUACCCAGAGAAGCACACUCUUGCUUGCUGUCAGAUUCUAGAACACCAUGGAAGGUCCAAGGGCCUCCUCUGCCAGGGAAACCUUUUAAAUUUAGAGUCUUGUCCAUGGAAUAAGUCCCAUAGUCUCUCUACACUGUCUGCUGGUAGCUCUAAUACUGCUUUGUGCUACCGACCACAGCCACCAUCUCCACCUGCUGACAGCCGCCAGCGAAUGAGCCCUGCUUGAGAGCAGUCCAGUCAGGUAGGACAGGGACCUACCAGCUCCCCAGAGGGAUCACUCAACAUUGCCAAACACUUAAUUUCCACAUGUUUGUACGUGUCAGGGGACCCCCAAGCUGAUGUCUGCUUUGGGCCUCUAAAGACUCGCCACACUUUUAACAGACACCACCACUUCCCCCAGAUCCAGGUUCUGUAAGGGAGUUUGCUUCUUGGCAUCAAUCCCAGCCAGCACCCCAGGGUCACUCUUGGCCGAGUUCCAGAAGCUAAGCCUGAGUCUCCAGGCUCUAUUAGCUUCUGGAACACCCUCUUACAGCCAUCCCUCCCCGGAAGCUAGAUGCCGAUAGAUUCCUGUCUCGUGAGAUUGUCUUGAAAUGAGGCGGGGGAGCUCUUCCCCUAGCCUUCCUUCCUUCCUCCAUAGCAAGAGCCUUCCUCCCUGCUCCACACCCAGAGUGGACAACACCCUUCCCUCUCCCGACCCUCUGAAUGUGUGCUAGAUCAGGUACCCCUGCUGUGUUCCCCCAAAUCCUUGGGAGCAGGAUCUCCCUCUCUUCUGACUCACCCCUCCUUUUUCUUCUUCCUCUCAGUGUUGUCUGAAUAAAGUGUGAAUUCUUUUGUGUUUUUUAAA